GGUCUCCUAAGAGGAACAUCCUUGUGUUCUUGCUGAGCUCUGUGGAGCCUUCCAUUCAUCUCUAUGUUGGUGCUGCUUCUCCCUUGUCAGUGGCAUAGUAGGUCUCCUGACUCUUAACUGCUGUUAUCUCCCCUGGCAGGUGCUGCAUGGACAGCGGUGUUUGAUGAGCCAAUAAACCAGAUGUCUGCAGCCCCAGGAGCUGCCAGGGAUGUGGGUUCUAGUGUGUGGACAACCGGCCCCUCAGCUCCAGAGGAGAAAGGCUGGGCCAAAUUCACUGACUUCCAGCCUUUCUGCUGCUCCGAGUCAGGGCCCCGGUGCAGCUCUCCUGUGGACAUGGACUGCAGCCAUGCCGAGGGUGGCCAGAGUGCAGGCCCAGAGAAAGCCUUUGGUCCUACCUCGCCCUGUGCCUGGAACAUGUGUGUCACUAGGAAGGCCCCGCUGGUGGCCUCUGACAGCAGCUCCUCUGGGGGAUCUGACAGCGAGGAUGACGAGAAAGCUGGUACUGUGGAAGCUGUGAGCACAGGUCAUGGAGAGGCCUCCCGUCUCUCCAGGACAGAGGCUGCUGUUGGCAGGUGUGCAGGGAAUGCCAAUUUUGCCUGGGGUCCCAGUGAAUAUUGUGUAGCUUCUGAGCUGAGGGCCACAAGCUUCUAG